UUCACAAACGAUGCUUUGCUAGCACGUUUUGUUUACAUCCCAAAGUUGAAGUUAUAAUUGUUUAAAUUGAAUUUGAUUUGAAUUAAGUACUAAAGGAAAAUGAAGAGUCAGGAGCUUGUUGAUUAUUUGGCAAGCUGUGGCGUCUGUCGCGUCUGUCAGUUGCGCUAUUUGAGAGCACGCGGCAACGAAUAUCGCGACAUGCAGCAGACCUUUCAGCGCCUGGAUGUUAAAGUAGAUGACAGAGAUUUGAAGCCGUCAGAGGAUGAGCCGAAUGAGCAGCCACCAAAAAAGCCCCGCUUAUCCAUUUGCUCAACUUGUUUGGGUUUGUUCUCGGAGGAGUUUCAAAGUCAGUUAAUUGAGGGCAUUUCCAAAUCGGAUUUCGGCAAAUAUGAUAGCGCGGGAAUUGUCCUGGCUAUAACGCUGCCGCUGACACUACAGCUGCGCCAGCUGUCCAUGUGGUUCGCCCUACAGCGGAAAUUUGGCAAGAGCUUCUUCAAUGAUAACUCUGCCCCGGAUGUGCCCAUCAAGGAGGCCGUCAAACUGAUUCUGCAUCCCAUUGUGUGCUCGAAGCUGGGCAGGGAAUACGAUGCAAACGGGCUGAUGAUCAACAUUGAUGUGCGGCACAGCGUUGAAUCCGAGGAGGUGGACAAGUUGACCGAGCUGAAUCGAGUCGCAUUUCCGGGCAAGAAACGCAUCGAGAUCUCGCGAGGAUUGCUGGAGAAACAAUACCAACCGGCACGCAUUAAGGCUGAUAUCUUCGAGAAAUAUCUAGCAAUACCACCGGCUGCUGUCGAGGAACCCCUGCAGCUGCAGUCCAUUGACCUAAUGGGCCCCAUCGUCUGUGUCGCUGGCAGAUAUCGGAAAUUGAGUCGGGAGCUUUCGCAUACGCCGUGGGUGCUGCAGGGCAGACGGAUUAUGGAGGAGAGCAUUGAGGAGAUCAUUGUGAAACAGGUGGCGCCACAUUUCACUGAUACGGUGUGCAAGGUUACUUUCAUGUCCAGUGGGCGAGAGGAUGUGGACGUGCGCUGCACGUAGGCGUGUGUGAGCCGGGAGAAUCGGCGUUUGCUCAUCAUAGAUGUGGUCAGCCAAGCGGGCACAUAUAUCAAGGAGCUGGUUCAUGGCGAAUUCGGACGUACAACGCCCUCCAUAUCCUCCAUCAUAGGCAAACCCAUUGAUAUAUUAGCUUUAGAUGUUGUUGGCAUAGAUUUGGAUUGGCCAGCAGAUGUAAAUAAUGCGGAAAUCGAGAUUGAAUAAAAGGCGGUUUAUCUAAUGUAGCUUUUUGAGCUUUUUGCAACACUGAAAGCAAUGGGCUCAAUG